UUUAAAGAGGGUGUCCAAAUCUAGUGGUAUUCAAUCAAGACUUUAAACAAGUAACAAAAAGUCUUUUGGUAUUCAAAAACUUGCUAAUUUCGAAGGAUUUUUUUUAAAUAGGGAAUUGGUGUGACUUUUUAGUGGGAGGUAUAAAUACCAAACCCUAUAAAAAAAUCCCACCCUAACCCAUCAGACUUUUUACGUUGGAUUUUUUUUUGUCUGCUAGAGAAGACGAACAGCUCUUCGUGAAGAUAAACAGCUCUUCAACAAGUAGUAAUUUAAUGGGGGAUUCACAACAAGGAAAUAACAAAGGAAAGGGCAAAGAGAAAGAGAACUAUGAAUCUUGGACCAUGGACGAUACCAAUGAGUUGUUGCACCUCUUGGUGGAUGCUAUCAAUAGUGGAUUGAGUGAUGCUAAUGGGUAAUACAUUGGGCCGAUCACAAUUCGCUGCUAGUGAAAAUUUUCACAAGAUUUUGAAGGCCUUGAAUUCAAUAGCAUCUGAUUUGAUGGCUAAACCAGGACCGGCUGUGCCCGCUAAAAUAAGGGAAAGCACAAGGUUUUACCCUUAUUUCAAGGAUUGCAUCGGAGCUAUUGAUGGUACACAUAUUCCGGCAAUGGUGAGGGGGCGAGAUGUAAGCAGUUAUCGUAAUCGUCAUGGAAAGAUAUCACAAAAUGUAUUAGCAGCUUGUAACUUUGAUUUGGAAUUCAUGUACGUUCUUAGCGGGUGGGAGGGUUCAGCUCAUGAUUCAAAGCUACUAAAUGAUGCUUUAUCAAGGAGGAAUGGACUUAAAGUGGCCCAAGGUAAAUAUUUUCUAGUGGAUUGUGGGUUUCCUAAUCGGCGCCAAUUUUUAGCUCCAUUUCGAGGUGUGCGAUAUCAUCUCCAAGAUUUUGCAGGUCAUGGUAAUGACCCUCAAAAUGAAAAUGAAUUGUUCAAUCUUCGCCAUGCGUCAUUGAGGAAUGUGAUCGAGAGGAUAUUUGGCAUUUUUAAAUCUCGAUUCACAAUUUUUAAGUCAGCGCCUCCAUUUCCAUUUAAGACACAAGCAGAGCUUGUGUUAGCAUGUGUAGCACUACAUAACUUUCUUCGCAAAGAGUGUCGUUCUGAUGAAUUUCCAAUUGAACCAACAGACGAAUCUUCAUCUUCAGUAUUACCAGUUAAUGAAGAAGAUAAUUUGGAACCUAUUGUUCAAACCCAAGAGCAGCAACGAGAAAAUGCUAAUGCAUGGAGGGCUACCAUAGCUUUAGAUAUGUGGAUAAAUGCUACUUAGGAGGACAUGAAGCUACAUCAAAUUGGCUAUUAAAAGAUUGGGAAAAUUUUAUUGGCUUUUACUUUAACUUGUCUUUCUUUGUUAUCUUUUUCAUUGACUCU